UGGUGUGCUUGUAUGUUGGUGUUAUAUUUACACUUGUGGUAGCAGUUCUGUCGGAAUGUCCUCUCUACUGGACCCCUCACGGGGAAUCGUGUUACGUCAUCCCACAAGCGGCGCAGUCCUGGGCAGCAGCAUCGGCGAUGUGUAUGACGUAUGGUGCAUAUUUGACAGAAAUAACAUCACAGGAAGAAAAUAACUUUGUAUCACAACUUGUCAGGCAGAAUCAUCUAUCUGGCAAGGAACUUUGGAUAGGUGGAUCAGAUACCCUAAGUGAAGGUCACUGGAUAUGGGGUCAUAGCGAGACGUUGUUACAGUAUCAGAACUGGAAUGUUGGUGAACCAGACGAUGAUAAUGGUCAAGACUGUUUAACGAUUCGGCUAGACGGCAGAUGGGAUGAUCUACGAUGUGAUGACAACACAUAUGGAAUAUGUGAGAAAAGGAAAUACACGAAUCCUGAAGUUGGAAAGUAAACACCACUUCCCUCAUGUAGACAUAUCAAGUGUAAAAUAAAAUAAAUUCUAACAGCA